AGAGAGACAGACAAUCAAACCUGCUUCUCAGAAACAUGACAGAUCAAUCUCUACAACAGACGAUGCCAAUGAAUGACAGCUCCACAAACCAGACUUGUGAUGUUUUCAUCUAUAAGGAGUCUGCACGGAUCAUCUUUCCCAUUUUCUAUUGCCUGAUUCUUGUCAUCAGCGUGGCAGGUAACAGCUUGGUCCUCUGCAUCACUUGUCAGAAAAAGCUGAAGAUGAACUCCACCACGAUAUAUAUCAUCAACCUGGCCAUCUCCGACACCCUCUUCACCUUGGCUCUUCCCGGCAGGAUCACCUACUACAUCCGAGGCUUCGACUGGCCUUUUGGAGAUUUCUUGUGCCGGCUGACUGCCAUGAUCUUCUACAGCAAUACCUACGCUAGCAUCGCCUUCAUGACCUGCAUCAGUGUAGAUCGCUACUUGGCCAUGCUGCACCGUCAGAGGUGUCAAAGGCUGAGGAAAGCCAAAGUUGUGCGAGGUAUCUGCAUUCUGGUAUGGGUGGUGGUGCUUCUUGAGACGUCUCCUCUGCUCUUGAAGAACACCAUGGAAUACAGAUCCAGUCAUCGAACGUGCAUGGAGUUCUCUAAUUUUGAUAGCCACUGGAUGGCAUUCGUUCUCCUGUUUGCUUGCAUCAUCGGGUUUUGCUUUCCAUUGGGACUCAUCCUGUGCUGCUACAGUCGGGUCAGCUGCAAGCUCUCCAAGACGGCCAAGGAAAACCCGGUGACCAACAGGUCUGGCAGCAACGGCAGGGCCAAAAAUAUGAUCCUGCUCAUUCUGCUGAGCUUCGUGGUGUGCUUCAGUCCCUACCACAUCAACAUCAUGCAGUUUGCAGUGAGAAGGCUGUACAAUGUGCCCAGUUGUGAAGACUUAAAGACUUUGAAAAUGUCCCUGCAGGUAACCGUUUCCAUGAUGAACUUUAACAGCUGCCUUGACCCUAUUAUUUACUUUUUUGCCAUCAAAACGUACAAGCAGAGAGUCAUGAGUCUUUUUAAGAGCUACAUUUCCAUUUCAGCAUCCUCCAGGAGCAUGCAGGAGAACAGCAGCAGUAACACAUGAGGGCCAAAAUGAUGUGAAGAAAAAUAUGAUGGUGCAAACUGCAGAGGAAAUGUCUGCACAGGUGUGAAAAUGCGGUUGGAUAGCUGUAGAGUGCAGCGUCUCAUACCUUUUAUUUCUGAACAA